UCGAAAGAAUCGUUCGUUCGAGUUGUUCCUGAACGUUGUUCAACCCUCCUUUAGUGAACUGGCACCGGCUCAUUUUUUUUUUGUAUCUUUUGACUCCGGGGAUUGUUCGAUUCUUUUGUCGUUGAUAAUAGCUGUUUGAUUGCCGUCUGCGUUGGAAAAGGUGGGGAACGUCGUUUAAAGUCGAACCCUCCACAGAGCUAACCUGAAUUCGUAUUCUGUCGUCUCGUUCUAAGCGAACAGCACUCAUCUCUUAGAAUCAUGGACAAACAUUUGGUCGUGCCGGAUGUCGUUCCAGUCGCACCGAAAGGCGUUUUAAAAGUCGAGUAUCCAGGCGGCUUGGUCGUCGAUUUUGGAAACGAGUUAACUCCAACCCAAGUUAAAGAUCAACCGAAAGUCGAAUGGGAAGCGGAUCCCGAUUCUUUGUACACACUUUGCCUGACAGACCCUGAUGCACCUUCCCGAGCGGAACCAAAGUUCCGUGAAUGGCACCAUUGGCUUGUUGGUAACAUUCCCGGCAAUGAUGUAUCAAAAGGAGAAGUAAUCAGUGCCUAUAUUGGAUCAGGUCCUCCUAAUGGAACAGGUCUUCACCGAUAUGUGUUCCUUGUUUACAAGCAGCCCGGAAAGGUCGACUUUGAUGAACCCAGAUUGCCAAACACGUCCGGAGACAACAGAGGAUUGUUUUCAAUCAGUAAACUCGCCAAGAAAUACAACCUCGGCAAUCCGGUAGCUGGCAACCUCUACCAAGCUCAAUGGGAUGACUAUUGUCCAAUUUUGUACAAACAAAUAAGUGGGAAAGCUUAAAUUUAAAAAAUAAAAUAAAUUGAAAUAAACGAAAAAUCAAUAAAAGACAGAAAAAAAUUGAAAAUAGAAAACAACAAGCCAUGACAAUUCCUAAAUUAAACAUGGAUAAAACAA